AUUUAUUCUUUGCCAAUUCUUCUUUUAAAAUGGCUCCUCAUAGUAUCGAUGUAGCAGUUAUGCUCAAGCCUAAACACGGAUCCUAUUAACUUGCAGGUGUUCAAGUGUUCAACUAGGAUUCAAGUUCACAUGCCAUAAUUAGGAGAUAAUAGAAUCCUAAUAGAAUUCCAAUGCUAGAAACGGGCUUCUGUAUAAAUAUAAUCCCUGCUCAAUUAUUCUUGCACCAUCGAUUUGGAGAUCUAGAGUCAUCAAAGAUUUCUGGAAGCAAAGUUCAUAGCAGGUAACUUUUUUCUACUAUUCUUUCUCCCCCUUUUUUUUGGGUACUGCAGGUAUAAAGAAAUUCCAGAACUAUAAUGAAUUUUGUUGCCUUAUCUGCUAAAAUAUAUCCCGGUGAAUUACAAUUUUCUGGUUCCGCCGGCUGCUGGGUUCAUGAAAUCCGGCGAAGAGGCGUUUGUUGUGACCUGCUUAUUGAGAGAAGAAGAAACCAUCUUGUUGCUUCCCGAGAAGAUGCUUUGUUUAAUGUCUACUGGGCUUAUCGAGAAGAUGCUUGGGUGCCAGAAAUAUCUUGAGGCAGCGGAGAGAAAUUCAAGGAGCUUGUAGCGGUUCGGCGGAAGCUUGUAAUGGUCCGGCGGAAGCUUGUAGCGGUCCGGCGGGAGCUUGUAGCUUUCCGGCAGGGGAAGCUUGUAGCGGUCCUAUCAUCUGCGACACCCUCAAUACAGUUUGGUCACGACACCCUUCUCCACCGGCGCCGUCUUCUCUAUGACGACGCAGCCGGUCCUAUCAUCUGCGACAUCUCAAAUUCCAGAGUCGGUGUCUUCUCCUUGGCUGUCGUGUCUGUUCACCUAAUUGCCUCCUCAAUUUCCAUGGCAGCAACCUGCAAUUCAAACUCAUCAGGUUUCAUGGCCUGCAAUUCAACCUCAUCCAGUCCCACCUCAAUCUUCUCCAGCAUAGGUGCAACCCUCCCCAAUUCAGUGGCAGAGUGUUCCGUGGCAUUCUUCUUCCAUGAACCUGCAAACCCCAAAUUUAGGCCCAGUCCCUUGGCAGAUUAAUCCGGUUCAAUCAGCCCCAGCACCCGUUCAACUCACACCUCCAUCUCCCAUGUUUUACGGUACUACGUUUACGGGAUCCCCUGGAGUUGCCCGACGUAGAGGAGAUGAUUUGUUGCCUUGUGAGAUGAUGGCGUUCACCUAUAGGGCUUCUGAAUUUUGACGUAGACGUAGAGGAGAAUUCUUCCGGAGCUGCUGCCGUUGGAGAUUCGCCAAGACGGAGAUGUUGUGGGUUUGUUGUGGAAGCCAGUUGGUGUCAAGGAGACUGUUUAUGGUAGCGUCUGUUUGUCUGAUCGUGUGUUGCUAGCGAUUUCUCUCAGAUUCACUUUAUUAGUUCGCCG